CCGUGAAGGCGUCAGCGCCGUUUUCUCCGGCGGCAGCAGCAGCGGAGGCUCGCAGUCGGACCGGCAGCUGGGAAUGUCACCGCUAUUUUCAGGAGCGCCACUUAAACGGCCAACGGGAGGCUCGAGUUCAGGCAGCACCGUGACACCAGCUUAUUUAUAACUCCAGACAGGCUGUUCGGUGUUUUGUGUGCGGUGACGGUGUUGCUGGACCGCAGAUGGUCACAGUGAGUCCAGCGGGGGGCUGAGAGAGAAGCAGCCGGGAGCACCGCGUCUCUUCCCUGGACCAGACCUGAGAUCUCCAGCCUGCCGGGUGUCAUGGACAUGCAGUGAAGUACAAACCUAAUCCUCUGCCAUCUUCAUGAUUGCCGCUGUCGGUGUAGAUGUAACUCGUUCCGCUGUUACCGAAGCACUCAGAGCGGUCGACAUGGACUGAAAUCGCUACCGGUGAAGAAGUAGAUGAUAGAGGAUACGAUGACCCUGCUGUCCCUGUUAGGUCGCAUCAUGCGUUACUUUCUGCUUAGACCCGAAACCCUGUUCCUGCUGUGCAUCAGCCUGGCUCUGUGGAGUUACUUCUUCCACACGGACGAAGUGAAGACCAUCGUCAAGUCGAGCCGGGAUGCGGUCAAGAUGGUCAAAGGGAAAGUGGCGAAGAUGAUGCAGAACGAGCGCUUCGGUGGGCUGGAUGUCCUGGACGCGGAGUUCUCCAAGACCUGGGAGUUCAAGAGCAACAACGUGGCCGUGUACUCCAUCCAAGGACGGAGGGACCACAUGGAGGACAGGUUCGAGGUGCUCACCGACGUCGUCAACAAGAGUCACCCCUCAAUAUUUGGUGUUUUUGAUGGCCACGGUGGAGAGGCAGCUGCUGAUUUUGCCAAGGCCCACCUGCCUGAGGCUCUGCGCCAGCAACUCCUGGCUUUUGAGAGACAGAAAGAGAGAGACAAAGAGAAAGACAAGGAGAAGGAUGACAAAAAAGACAGUCUAUCCUAUUCCUCCAUUCUUGAGCAGCAGAUCCUGGCUCUGGAUAAAGAAAUGCUAGACAAGCUCUCUGCAACGUAUAACGAAGCAGGUACAACAUGCCUGGUGGCCCUUCUGGCCGAUAAGGAGCUGACGGUGGCCAAUGUGGGAGACUCGCGGGGAGUUCUUUGCGAUAAAGACGGAAACGCCAUUCCUCUGUCGCAUGACCACAAACCAUACCAGCUGAAAGAACGCAAGAGGAUCAAGAACGCUGGUGGCUUUAUCAGUUUCAAUGGUUCGUGGCGUGUUCAAGGCAUUUUGGCUAUGUCUCGCUCACUGGGCGAUUAUCCCCUAAAGAAUCUCAAUGUGGUCAUUCCUGAUCCUGAUAUCUUGUCCUUCGACCUGAACAAGCUGCAGCCUCAGUUCAUGAUCUUGGCAUCAGAUGGCCUGUGGGACACCUUCAACAAUGAAGAGGCAGUCCGCUUCAUCAGGGAACGACUUGACGAGCCUCAUUUUGGUGCCAAGAGCAUUGUCCUUCAGUCCUUCUAUCGUGGUUGCCCUGAUAACAUCACUGUCAUGGUGGUAAAGUUUAAGGGAAAAUCCAGUGAUCAGUAGACUGCACACCCUCCACAUAAAGUAUCUACAUGAUAUUUGAAGGCAAGUAAGAAUGAAAUAAGAUGAAAGAGUCAAAUCAUGAACCCACAGUGGUCUGAGCGACAACUGUGUCUGAGAUACAUAGUAUAUAUAGGCUUUGCCCUUCAAUGCAUCACACCACAUCCUGACCCCCUGAAUUUCAGUGCUA